AUGAAUCCUACAGGACAUAGAGAUGCACAAGUCGAUCGUUUGGUUAGAAGUCUCUCGUUAGAUGAAGAUGAGUGGAAUAAGUCUGAAAAUGAAUCAAUGGAUGUUGAUCAUUUUUUGAGACACAAUUCUAGAGACGAAAACGCCGAUAAUUGGGAACCAAACAGAUAUGAAAUCGACCGUAUUAUUGCUCAUAAAGUUAUAAAUGUAAUUGUUGCGGUCAAGACCUGUACCAGAUUUCCUGGAAAGGGUAUUCCAAAUACACGUAAUUCCUUUACUUUUAAUAUAUUAAUUGUUAUACUCUGGGAACCUGCUGAGAAUCUUGACGAUUGCCGAGAAAAGUUGGAUGAGUUCCUUAAACUUUCCGACGAAUUAAAAAUCGCCGAUAGAAUUACUGAUGACUUUGAUCCCAAUGAAAGCACGCUGUUUCUAAACGCGUUACAGGACGCUAACUAUGUGAAUUAUGAUCUGUAUGACGAAUUCAUUCUUGGCCGGACAAAAGGUCCUACCUUUGUGUCCGAGCCAAAAAUAGAAAGGGGACAGCUUGAAAACCAUGCCAAGCUACAAGAAGAGUUUGAUACAUUUGACCUAUAUGACUUGUAUUAG